GGACAGCCGGAGCCUCGGCAGCCGCCGCCGCGCAGCCGGCGGUGUCAGUGCCACGGUGUCCGCCGGGGAGCAAGAGGCAGCGCCGGCGCCCGCCCGCCCGAUCCCCGCGGCCAGGCCCCCGCAUGCAGCCCUCACCCUGGAGCGGCGGCGGCGGCGGAUCGAGGAGCUCUCGAGGUCCUCCCGGCAGCGGCUGCUGCAGUCGCGGGACAGGAUGUUCUCCAAGUUCACCUCCAUCCUGCAGCACGCCGUGGAGGCGCUUGCACCUUCCCUUCCAUUACAAGAAGAUUUUGUUUACCACUGGAAGGCAAUCACCCAUUACUACAUAGAGACCUCAGAUGACAAAGCUCCUGUGACUGAUACCAACAUUCCCUCUCACCUGGAGCAGAUGUUGGAUAUUCUAGUUCAAGAAGAAAAUGAGAGGGAAUCGGGUGAAACAGGACCAUGUAUGGAAUAUUUGCUACAUCACAAGAUUUUGGAGACACUCUACACACUAGGAAAAGCUGAUUGUCCUCCAGGAAUGAAACAGCAAGUUCUGGCUUUUUAUACAAAACUUCUUGGAAGAAUACGGCAGCCUCUUCUUCCCCACAUAAAUGUGCAUAGGCCAGUGCAGAAAUUAAUCAGACUGUGUGGUGAGGUUCUGGCAACACCAACAGAAAAUGAAGAAAUUCAGUUUCUCUGUAUAGUAUGUGCAAAGCUGAAACAGGAUCCGUACCUGGUCAACUUCUUCCUUGAGAAUAAGUUAAAAGCAAUGGCUCUCCAAGGAUCAGCAAGUGUAAUCACAGAAGACAUGAUAAAAGACCACGAGUCUGUGACAACAGACACGGGACAGCCUGGCCAGCCUGAGGAGACGCCUGGUGCUGCUGGAGCUGAGCACAUGGAGAACGAAGAUGAGCUCCCACAGCAGGCAGAGGAGCUCUCGUUCAGUCUGGAUGAACUCAAUGUCACAUCAUCACCUGAGUCCUCCACUGCUUGUCCAAACCAAGACUAUAAUUUAGUGAAUUCUCUACUAAACCUCACUAAAAGUCCUGAUGGCCGGAUAGCAGUGAAGGCCUGUGAAGGUCUCAUGCUUUUGGUGAGUUUGCCAGAACCAGCAGCUGCCAAGUGCCUGACUCAAAGCACUUGUUUAUGUGAAUUGUUGACAGACAGGCUGGCCACCCUCUACAAAGCCUUGCCUCAGUCACUGGAUCCCUUAGACAUUGAAACAGUGGAGGCAAUUAACUGGGGCUUGGAUUCCUAUAGCCACAAAGAAGAUGCAUCUGCUUUUCCAGGGAAAAGAGCAUUGAUUUCGUUUCUUUCUUGGUUUGACUACUGUGAUCAACUCAUCAAAGAAGCACAAAAGACGACUGCUGUUGCUAUGGCAAAAGCUGUGCGGGAACGAUUCUUCAUUGAUGUUAUGGAACCUCAGCUGAUGCAAACUUCAGAGAUUGGAAUCCUCACGUCAACUGCACUGUUGCACCGCAUUGUUCGUCAGGUGACUUCAGAUGUGCUGCUGCAGGAGCUGGUGUAUUUUAUACUUGGGGAGCAGAGAGAGCCAGAAACAUUGGCAGACAUCAACAGGCAUCCAUUGCGACACAGGCUGAUCGAGCACUGUGAUCACAUUUCUGAUGAGAUCAGCAUAAUGACUUUACGAAUGUUUGAGCACCUUUUGCAAAAACCCAACGAGCACAUUCUUUAUAAUUUGGUUCUGAGAAAUUUGGAAGAAAGAAACUACAUGGAAUACAAGCCUCCCUGUCAAGAAGAUAAAGAUGUAGUAGAGAAUGGACAGAUUGCUGGAGCAGUAGAUCUGGAGGAAGAUCCAUUAUUUACUGAUCUGUCUCCAGAUAACACAUUGUCAGCUCAGGAGUGGCUCAGUGCUUCUCCACCUGUCAGUCCAGAACAUCCAAAAAAUGAUGGGAAGACUGAAGUUCAUAAAAUUGUAAAUAGUUUUCUCUGUCUUGUACCUGAUGAAGCAAAGUCAUCAUACCAUGUGGAGGGUACAGGUUAUGAUACUUACCUCAGAGAUGCCCACAGACAAUUCCGGGAUUAUUGUGUUAUUUGCUUACGGUGGGAGUGGCCUGGAUCUCCCAGAUCUUUGGAAAAGUGCAAUUUAGAAGCGUCAUUUUUUGAAGGACACUUCUUGAAAGUCCUGUUUGAAAGAAUGGGCAGGAUUCUUGAUCAGCCCUAUGAUGUAAAUUUGCAAGUUACGUCAGUGUUGUCCAAACUGUCCCUGUUUCCCCAUCCUCAUAUACACGAAUACCUUUUGGAUCCUUACGUCAACCUUGCCUCUGGCUGCAAGUCUCUCUUCUCUGUGAUUGUCAGGGUCGUUGGGGACCUCAUGGUUAGAAUCCAGCGCAUCCCAGAUUUCACUCCCAAACUUCUGCUGGUCAGAAAACGCCUGCUGGGCUUGGAGCCGGAAGGGCCCAUCAUUGACCACAUGACGUUACUAGAGGGCGUGAUUGUGCUGGAAGAGUUCUGCAAGGAGCUGGCGGCCAUCGCCUUUGUCAAGUACCACACCUCAGCCACGCCCUGAGCUGCCCCGGGCCGAGCCACCCCCGCCCCGGGCUGGGCUCAGCCCCAGGGACACCGACAGCACCCAGAGACACGGUGGAGCCUCCGGCCAAGUGCAGGGGAUGUUUGGAAGACAAGUUCCUUUCACCAGAUGUUGAGAUUGCAAAUGGACUUGGAAUAUGAGCAAAGACGUUUGGGGAGAAACCAAUACACAGCAUUUCUAGCCACUGUGUGAAGAGCUGCAAAAGCUGCAUGAAGAACCACAGACAUCAGGCCUUGAUUAUUCUGAUGACAAUGUUUAGAGAGUUUGGGCUCUU